UGCGAAUAGAAAUUGAGGUACACGUUUCGUGGGACAAUAAUACAAUCUGCGCCGGUUAUAAGAAGUCAAGUUGUAGGAAUGUAAUCGCUGUUGCCCGUGUGACAAGUUGAAGUGGCUGGUAGUAGUGCUCUACCCGUUCAUUGGGUUAUUUAAUAAUCGAAUGUUGGCUUGUCCAUAACAAACCAUGGGGCUGAACGUGAUCUUGUUUGGCAACUGUUCACAGUAGCUGUUUUGCUUCUGUAUUUGCUGUUUUUUUUUUAGAAGGAACCGGUCAGAACGGGGUCCUGUUCCAAGUGAUAAGGCCCUUGGUCCCACCUUGUCUUGCUGUCUCGAAAUGAGGCUCGGGUUUUCUGCAGAUAUAUUGAUGCUCUCUUAAUUGAUUAAUGUGGCUUUUCAAGGUCAAAGGUCAACAGUCGUGCUGGGAACGGGUUGCAUGCAAUUCCCUGUAACAGGUUUAAUGUGGUGUUGAGUGAAAGGGGAAAUGCACUUUCACUUAAUCAUGCAUGGUCUCCAGGGCUUCGGUUUCUAGGUUUACAGAUUUCAUUUGAGGAUUAAAUUCAGAGGUGUGUAAUAGAAUGUCCCUUUUCUAUAUCUGUACAUUUAAAAUCUGCUAACCGAAAGUGGGAACUUGAAGAGAUCCUUGUGUGCUGGGGUUCACCUCUAUAGCAGUGCACAGGCGGUUGCCAUGACACUUAACGAGAUAAUCCCGGGAUCUUCUGUGUUAGGAAGGUGGGCUGAGGCACAAGGUAAGAGCUGUUUCCCACUGCUUUAAUUUCUGUCUCCUGACCAUAUCCUACAGUGUGAUCUGAAAGGAUGUAUUAUGUGGCGAUCGCCCCACCAUUAACCCAAUGUCUUACUGGACUACCCAAAUACACACAUCCAGUCAUUUUAGUUCUACGGAUGUGGCUGUAGGUAUUAAUUAUGAAGCCUGUCAGACUGCCGCUUCACUGAAUCUCUGGCCAUGCAACCUGGUUUAAACAGGCCAGUUCAGUCUUCGGCUGUAGAAUGUCAGGGAAAGUUUUUUUCUUGUUCGAUUAAGUGUUUGUAUUAUAAUUUUUUUGGUUGACUGUGGUUCCUCAUAUCUUUACCACCACCCUGUGGAUGUAGUCUGUCUUAGAAUAUGGUGAUGACUGUGUGUGCAUGUAUCUGUGUGUUGGUGUGAGGAAACACAGCUCGUGGGAAUUGUAGCAGCAGUUAGGGGAGCUCUAGAAAAUUUAGGAUGGGAAAAACUGAACAAGAGCGGAGUGCUCAGCGUUACUGCCUACAUUUCACAGUGCUUAGCUCCUGAAUAACAAAAAAACACGGCCCGCUCAUUACACUGGUAAGAAUCUCAAUAAACCUUUCCCAUGGAAUUUAGUCUGAUUAAAAAAAGUUUUACCAUGUUAUUAGUCUUGAAUUUUGAUUGUUCUGCCAUUGCGCCAAAACUAUAUCCAUAGAUAUCCAUCCUUUAUUCUAUACAGUAGAUCUGGUUCAUAAACGCAAUGGAUUUAACUUUGAAAGUACGAUAGUAAUGAAUGUUUAUUAUACAAUGUUAUUGUGUCUAGGGGCAGGCAAUAGUAAUUGAGUGUAAUUUAGAUAAAUUUGUCCCAGACAGCAUAUUUUAAACCUCACGUUUUUCUCUGUGCAGAAUAUAUAUUUAUAAUAUAUAAUUUAGCAAUGAAAUGAUAAGUUUGAAAACUAGUGUUUUAUCGCAUGGGGCACAUUUGCUCAUGCAUGAAAAUACUAUGGUAUGUAAAACAGACCCAUGGUUGUUUCUGUAAGUCUCUCAAAUAUCAGCCUAAUUACAAAAAUAUAAAUGUAAGUACAAUUACAAACAAUAUUGUGGUACAUUCAACAGGAACAAUAAACAAACAUAGGCAGGGUCACUACCUGACUGAUGACCAACAUGGUAUUUGCACCUUUAUGCCAUGGUAGGUAAAAACCAAUACUGGAUUACCAAACUGUUUGACUGUAUUAAGAAGGUAGUAAUGGUGUCCCAUUAUAUCAUAAAAAAUGUCUUGUCAUCUCUAUGAGGCCGAUAGGUGGGUUGCGUCGACUCAUCUAACACUCCCUCAAAUAAACUGAUCCUUGUGUCUUAAGGCCCCGAUUUUUUUUUGUCUGAAGACCUGAGCAUAUUUGUCUGAAUUUUUCCUUUUUAUAAUAACAUUUAUUUCAUAUUUAAAUAGAGGGUGAAUAAACAUUUACUGUGUACAUUCCGAUUUUUGUACACCUUUAGAACAUAGAAAGAGGAGCAAAAGAGCGACUGCUUCAACAGUGAAACAGUGACUGGUUUGAUAAAUUCUUCCAUAAGAGCAGUUCUUCACAGGCAGAACCACAUACACCGGACCGGAACCACUGGGAUGUUUUACAAAUGUGGUGCUAUUGUCCUAGACCCCUGUGGUUGAACUUGUAACCCAGCUGGUUCAGCGUCUGGUAUUCCUGCAGCCAUAAUGACAACAGCAUUCUGGACAAUCCGUUCCUGUUUUCCUGGGUGUGUGCGUGCGUGCAUGCAUACGUGGGGGUACCGUGUUUAAAUAUACUUGUAGAUUGGAAAUGUGAAACAUAUUGGUGCUCUCUCAGCAUUGAGGGAGGCGGGAGGUCCUUUUCUGUAGGGUUGGUGAAAAGUAUGUGAAGAUCUUGGACAUAAACAACACUACACUGCCCUUCUGUGCCUCUCAUUUCAACACUGGGACAAUGAGUGGAUCGCCCCCUGUUACAGAAGCCACUCCCAGUGAAUAUGCCAGUUUACUGGGGGACAGCUCAGACUCUGACCAUGAGCCCAGUCCAGAGGACCAGCUGGCUAUCUCCUGGGAGAACCUUCCUGUACUGGAGAGAUUGGGCCUCACCAGCGCUGCACAGAUGACCGAAGAGGAGGUGGAGGGUGUGUUCAUGCGGAUGGCGCUGGCAUUCCGUUGUGACCAGUACACCCUGGCCCAGAGACGGCGUGCUGAGGAGCACGGUAAAGCUGUAGCCCGGUACAACAUCAACCUGGAACUGGAGUGCAGUAGGGACAUGCUUCAGUCUCUGAGAGGAAGGAGUGCAGGCGCUGAGAAGUUGGCGAUGCUGAGUCGUAUCGAGUCCGGCCUGGACACGGUGCUGGGGGGCGUGCAGGACAUCAUCGCUGCUGCAGAGGCGCUGGGGGCCGUGCACUACGAGGCCCGCGUGUGUCAUGCUGUGGAGAUGAUGGAGGUCCACCUGGAGCACCUGAAACGUCGUCACUCCAUGGAUAACGCCGAGCUCCUGCAGACCAGGAAGUUGCUCCACAGCAGCCGGGGCAGGAGACACAGCGACUCAGGGGAUGGAGACGUCUCACACUUGUUUGCCAGGCGAGACUCCCAACAGACCCUCCACCGGAGAAGAGUCAGCAUCACAGUUAUUCCAACAGGAUCCCAGCUCAGUGACCUGGAGACCAAGUUCCAGGAGGGUUGCAAAUCCAGUGCUGACACAGACGGCCAGGGACCAGAGGGUGGCAGUGUGAACCACCCUGGCAGCCUCGCGCCCCGGCUUGUCAGACAGAUCUCAGUCCACAGCUCCCAAACCCAGGAGGAUGAGGGCGAGGUGGCGCCUCACACCAGCUGCCUGCCGACAACCCUGCAUCACAGAAGGAGAUCUCUGGUCCUUGAGCGUAAGGCUAGUUCAGAGGGCACCGACACUGGGAGGUCAACCGCGGGGUCAUUCGGCAGCACGUCCAAGCUCAGGACCUAUAUGUCUGAAUCGGUCUGCAUGUCAGAACAACAGCAGCACUCCCUAAUUUCCAGGCUGUCUUACUGUCGCUGGAUGGUGGUGGUCCUGCUGCUCCUGGCUCUCUCCUUCCUCCUGUUGCUGGGCCUCCUACUCUGGGGCCUGAAGGUUCCACUCCACUGCUCCAGCUUCUAACGCCCAACUACUUCACUGGAUCUUCACUCUCGACCACAGAGCUCCAGAGCUACUUCUGUACCUAGGGCUCCUGAGGAAGGUUUUCAUUUCAAAACCUGGCAUUGUCUGUAGAAUGGGGUCCAACUUGGAUGAACCAGGCCUGUUUCUGUGAAAGCAGAAUGUCCCACAGAGGGCAGUGGGGACCAGGGACCACGUCCUGAACAUGCCUUGUCAAUCACACUCAAGAAAGAGAAGUUGAGACACUGGUGGAAGGAUGUUUUGUUUCACACCACCUUUUAUUAUUAUACAAGGAUAAGUUGGGUCUUGUAGAGAAGUUGGGCCUGGUGGAGAAGGUGGGCCAAAGAAAUUGACACAAGUGGACAUUGAGUGGAAACUCUUUGUCUUUUGCUUAUUGUCUUUGCUUCAAAUCACUGUCUGUAUGAUUUUAUGCUAAUACAUGUACUGGAGUAUUUGUCAUUUAUGCAUGAAAGCAAUAUAAGUACAGAGGCUGAAUAUGAAUAGAGGUUCUGUUUUCUCUUUCAAUGACAAAGUAGUAUUGAAUAUGUCCCAUUUGUUUGUCCAGACCCCAGGCAUGUGUUAUUCUGAUGACAAUCACAGACUGACAUAUAAAAGUAUACACACCCAAA